AUGUCCGGCGAGAAGGAGCUGACAGAUGCAGAGAAGACCAUUGAGCGGUACAAGGUCAAGAAACUCAUUCAGAUGCUCGAAUCCGCGCGUGGGAUGGGGACGAGCGUGAUCAGCGUGUACAUGACACCAAAGGAGCAGAUUUCCGGCAUGGUGGCGAAGCUGAACAAUGAGUAUGGCACGGCAUCGAACAUCAAGUCUCACACAAACAAGUUGAGCGUGCAGAGCGCCAUCACGGCAGCCCUCGGACGCCUCAAGCAGAUUCCGCGUGUGCCGACGAAUGGCCUGCUGCUGUACUCUGGCACCGUGAUGACGGCCGACAACAAGGAGAAGAAGCUGACGCUUGACAUUGAGCCCUUUAAGGCCGUCAGUCGCAGCCUUUACCUGUGCGACAACAAGUUCCACACGGAAGAGCUGCGCCGAAUGCUCGAGUCGGACGACAAGUUCGGCUUCAUUAUCAUGGACGGUAGCGGCUGCACCUUUGCGACGGUGUGCGGCGAUGUCAAGGAGAAACUCGGCUCCUUCACGGUGGAGCUACCGAAGAAGCACGGCCGUGGUGGUCAGAGUAAGAACCGUUUCGCGCGUAUACGGAUGGAGCGGCGCCACAACUACGUACGCAAGGUGGCCGAGUCGGCGGUCAGCUACUUCAUCACGAACGAUCGCCCAAACGUGCGCGGUCUCGUGCUCGCGGGUUCGGCCGACUUCAAGGAGGUGCUCUUCCAGUCCGACCUAUUUGACCCCCGCCUAAAGGAGGUAGUGGUGAAGAUCGUCGAUGUUGCCCACCCGGGUGACGUGGGGCUGAACCAGGCCAUUGACCUCUCCGCCGACGCCUUGUCGGGCGUUAAGCUGGUGCAGGAGAAGAAGCUGCUGCAGACGUUCUUCGACCAGAUUGCGAUGGACACGCAGCAGUACUGCUUCGGUGUAAACGACGCGAUGCGCUGCCUGGAGGCGGGUGCUGUAGAGACGCUCAUCUGUUUCGAGGACCUCGAUGUGAACCGCUACGUUAUCAUCAAGAACAAGGGCGCUGAGGACGAGGCGACCGAAAUCCACCUGCUGACCGAAGCGGACGCACGCAAGAAAAACAUCCACGCCCACGAAGCUGGCAAGACGCAGAACGAAAUCGAGUCGGAAAACUUUGUGGACUGGCUUGCACAAAACUAUCAAAAGUUUGGUUGCACUCUAGAGCUCAUCAGCGACCGCAGCCAGGAAGGCACACAGCUCGUGCGCGGCUUCGGUGGCAUUGGCGGCAUUCUGCGCUACAAGAUGGACGUAAUAGCUCUCCGAGACCACGAGAAAAAGGAGGGCGAAGAUGAACGUAUUGCCGCGAACAACGACCAGUUUGACUUUGACGACGAUUUCAUGUGA